GCACCAUGUUCUUGAAAAGUCCUUGAAUUUUCCACAGAAGUCCUUGAAUAUUUUUGAAAAAUCGUUGAAUGAAAAUAACCUUCAUUAAAAAAAAUGUUUGGCGCAAAGGAAUGAUUGAAAGUAUAGCAAUACACAAAAAUUUUCUUGGUGAUCAUAAAAGUGUUUUCUUAUGAUUUCGGUGUUCCCGACAUAGUUAAUUUUCCCUUAUUUGAAGUACCCUAGGAACAGUGCCUUAAUGAAGGAAGGUAUUGCAAUAAGUAAACCCCUUUCCACCUACAUGUACGCAUUUUAAAAGUCUUAAUUACUUAUUGGGAAAAAGAAGUCCUUGAAAAAUGAUUUUAAUCCUUGAAAAGUCUUUGAAAAGUCCUUGAUUUCGCCCAAAAAAUUCUGUUUGCACCAUGAGUAGAUUAAGUCUGAUAAAUUGGCUUUCCCUUUUUUAGGAUGGUGGUAUCAUUUUCUGGAGUAAAACUGAGCGUGGUAUGAAAGCUGAACUUCGCCUACAGCAUCAUCCAUUUGAUACUGAAUCCUGGGGUGUUUUGAUCAGAGAAGCACAGGUAUACGUGACAUUCUUGUAGUUUUGAUGAUUCCACAGGAGAUGUAUGUAUGUGUGAUAUUUGUAAAGGAAAAUCAUUUCCCUUGUUUUGCCUUUGGUGGUUUAUAACCUAGGAAUAGCCUUUCCGAUUCAUAAGUUCUCCUUGGAUGUUUAUUAGAGUUAGCAGCAUGGCCAAGUGGUUAGUACUUUGGAUGUUUGGUGAUUUGGAAAUCCAGCAUUUGAGCACUGCUCUUUUUAACCUUGGUGGUAAAUACAUACACACAAACUCUUUUACUCAGGGUAGCUACUGAGGUAAUAUCGUCAGUCACAGUAAAAGAGAAUAUUGCUCUCAGAUAUUUGCGCAGCUCAUGAGCAAUGUUGAGGGUAAUUUAAAGGAAAACUUAUUUUUGUAUGGUAUCUUUCUUUAUCCACAUCAAUUUUUUUUCUUUACCUUGUACAGUAUGAAUAUCUUCUUGCUUCAAAUUUCAUCAACAAGUUGCUAGAUAAUAACCUAGGAAUAAAGUAAUAAUUAUUACUUUCUUCUUACAGAAUACUCCAUUAGAAACGUCAAGAGUACUGUGUGAAAAGCUUGUGAGAAGAUUUCCUAAUGCUGGUCGUUACUGGAGAUUGUACAUUGAGCAAGAGGUUUUUAGAAAAUUUCUAGUUCAUUAAGAUUAUGUUAUGUUUUUUACCAGUCUUGUUUGUCUUUUAUCCUUAAGCCCAUAGACACAAUAAACCUUUUUGGCACUUUGAGUGGUCACAUUGGUGCACUGGUGUUACAGCAUCCAGAGUUUCCUCUUCCAGUUUAUGGUUAAUGUCAUUGCAAGUGGUCUAGCUGAGAUAAAAGGCAACAUUUUGGAUGCCACCACUGUUUUUCCCCUGAAAUGACAUCUGAGCAAAAACUGCAGAAAUUCCAUACCGCUGAUGCAUCUUUACUCAGAUCUGGGUGGUGCUACAGAUUGGUUGAAGCUAAUUUAUCUUGCGGCACGACCAAUCAGAAGCACUACCCAUAACUGCAAGCCAUAGGAAUUCAAAUCCCAUGGAUAACAAUUUUUUGGUUCCGUGCCCAGAGAUCAUGGGAAACAAUCUGUAACAAUUUUUUGGUUCCGUGAAAAUUCAUGGGAACCCACUUUUAUAUCUUUUAAUGUACAGAAACAGUUUUCUGGAAACAUGUGUUAAACUUAACAUACUUUAAAAUUAAGAGACAUCAGUGUGUACUAUUAUUUGCAAAAAACGUCAAUGUCUAUGAAAAUGUCAGAAGAAGGUCAAUUUAAGUGGUAAUUGUGUGUGCUCUAAAGUGUCAAAAACUCCACACUUCUCUUUGAUACGUAUACUCACUUGAAAUGUUCGUUACAGAUCUUGUCUUUUGAUAAAGAGAUUUGGGCCUCAUCAUCAGUUUCAAUAAUGAAAUUAUCACUGAAAGACUACAUUCUAAUAAUGUUUUUAAACUUUUGGAGUCAUAUAUUUUUUUUGAUGACACUGGAAGCCAUAACAAUCGCCGAUGUUAACUGUAAAACAUCUUUCAAGCAUAAGUCAUGAGAAAAAUGGCAACGUUUUUUUACAAUUUUGUUUAUACACAAGCUGAGUCAUAAAGAAUUGCUGUACUAGUUAAGAACCCAAGUGGAAAAAUACUAUAUUUGUGUAUUUUUUAUCUCUCAGUCUGAAUAUAUCAAGACAUGUCAAUGGGAAAUUAUUUUUCGGUUCCAUUAUUACCAGAAAUGAUUGUUACCGUGAAUUCCUAGGGCUUGGAGCUGGGUAGUGACACAUCAUUAGUAUGGAAUUUCUGCAGUCAUUUCUCAUAUGAACUAUGGCUGGAAAACUAUUGGUGGCGUCAUGAAAUGUCAGAUGUUUUCUCAGGCUACAAGUGGUCUAGUCCAUAGCACUAUCCAUUGUAUAUAAGUAUCAGGUGGAUGGUGAUCAACUCUUGAACAAUUGGAGACUGGUCUAUAAUUUUACUAAAUUCUCAUGACAUUAGUUGCAACUCGCACAAAUUUCUCACUGCACUAAUACUCUAAAUGCCACUCAAAUUUCACCAGAAGGAGUGUCGGUGAGUUGACUGACAAGGUGCAUUAUUGACAAAGAGACUUCAGGUGCAUUUGUACAACAGAACUUUAAUUUGGUCUGGAUCCUUCAAAGAGUGUCACUAUACCGGUGACUUUUUUAAAGAAAUACUGGAGUUUUCACAGGGCCAUAGAUGACUAUGGUCUUGCUGAAACUCAAGAAUUUAUUUGGAAACGUUAUCAGUAGAGUGCCACUUUUUUACUGGUCAGGGCCCAGUUUUUCUGUAGUGUAAACUCACCUUUAACAGAUUUAAACAAUUAACAAUUCUUUGUUUCCUCAAUCCAGUCAGGUAGGCAGUUAACAGAUUAAAUGAAACUAAAAAUUCAUAUAUUCCCAUAUUGGUUUGCCCUUGUGGGGGCUUAAUAAAGCGGUUUUCAGAAUAUGGUGUCUUUCAUCUCUUAACAGAGAUUGACUCUCAAACUGGUUGUGUUGUGUUUCCAUUGUGUGCAGUGUGGUUAUUUGUCUCCAGUCUGAGUUAUUUUAUUCCUAGUAAUUUUGAAGUGUAUAUUACUGCCUGCUAUUUGACAAAGUUACUGAUUAGUCGUGGGCCCGCAGAGAAGUAAUAGUUCAGUCACAAUGACUGAAUGUUGGAAUUCCGAUUAGACUUAUCUGUUCCUUGCAUUGCAAUCAUAUCAAGUUGGUGAUGGGACAAGCCAUGAUUGCCAUUCUUUUCUUGGGCCAUUAUAUUAUGUGUUAACAUUUUCAUUCUGCUCAUCACCAAGAUGUAUUGGAGUUAGGGAAUGAGGACAGAAUUUCAGAAGGAAAAAAGCCUGUAGUUUUACAAUACAGUGUGGAACUGCUGCAAUUUCUUUCUCUUCCUGACCCUUUCCCUUCUUCCAUGGGAUAGCCGAAUGCUAAUGCUACUAAUUGCCUGUAGACAAUUACCAUUUUAUCAGAGAGUUUAAACCGUCACUUCAGUUCUCCAAAACCAGGAUUGGUGGUGAUUGGGGAUUGACCGAAAUGAUAUUUUUAAGGACUGCGUGGGUGUGGCAUGUAACGGUUCCAACGAAUAUAAAAUUCAGUUCACGUACUUGGAAUUGCACUAAAAACAAUUCCAUUUUGUUGGGUAUAACACUGUGUCAAAGAAAGAAGAGUGUGGCAGAUUUCUAUAGUUUGAUAGAUCUUAACACAAAAAGAAAUCAGAAGUUUUAUUCCAAAAGUAAUUAAUUUUACUCUGUUGGUUUUAUACCAAAAAGAAAAAUUUCAUUAUACAGCUAAGCUUUAUUCGACCAGUUUAUGUGCCAAAAUGGAGGUUAUUAGAGCAGUGCUUCAGGCGUGACUGUCUCUUGAGCCCUUUUUUGCUAGCUGGCAGAUGUGUUUCUUUCUGGUUUUCUGCAAUCUAUACCAUACAUUUGCUCAUAUGUUUUUAUUUACUUCUUGGGUUAGGAUGGGGUGAUCUCAGAAGGUGUGGAAAAUUGCACUUUUGGCAUGACCAGUCAUUUCUGGCAAUGUCAUGUUAUCAGCCAUUCCCAGGGUAUUUCAUUCCUUGAGUAGUGCUAGAACCUUGGUUUAAUGCAACACCUGACUUCAUUACUACCCUAUAUAAAAGAGCUCCAACAAAAUGUUAAGAAAAAAGGCCAGUUCCUAUUUCAUUCUUCUGCUUAAAAAAUCCUUAAAACCUCUCUUUUCAAAACAGAAAACAGUAAUUGAGAACGAAAGAUGCAAUUGCCUAACCACCUCCCCCCUACAGAAAUGACAGCCUACUGGGAGCCAUUUAUCAUGGAAAACCAUUGUGUAAUUUCUACAUUCGUUAAAGAAUGAGUUGAAGAAUUUGAUAUGAGAUCAAAUUGUUUUCCUUUGGUGAUCACUUAUUGAUUCUCAUAACCUGUUAGGAGAAAAUUGAUUUUGGUCACUUUUUGGGCUCAAAAGGUUAAGGAACAAAGGCACUUUGUAUUCAAUGGGUGGUCACAGCCCUGCUGCUUAGGACAACAAAAAAAGGCUCCUCCCACAACUGUUAUUUCAACUUUUGGCAUUGACCAGUCAAUGAUAAUCUAUCAACACAACUAAAAGAGUGUCUUAAAUUCAGUGAAGUUGCCAAGUUUGAGAGUGAUGCAUUGAAAACUUAUAACAGUAUGGCUCUGCAAAGUCACAAAAUUGUGCAGAUGUUUUAUUAGUGUGGGAAGGUUUGUGCCCACAUUCCCCCCAUCUUGCCUCACCAUUAGAAAAUCCAUCUAUUUUGACCCUCAAACUUGGUAAGUUAAUAAAUUCUUGGGCAUUUGUUCCAACAGUGUUAGUGGAUUAUUACUUUCUGGUUCAUGUCAACAAUUUUCCAAAAAAGUGGAAGGUCUAAGUUCAAUUUUGUUGAGGGUAAGAGUCACUUCAAGUCAGUAGAUGAGAUUGAGCCUUGCUUGUCUGUCUUUAACGUCAUUGACUUCUCGGCAGAACGAAGCUUUUACACUGACGAUCUGAAAACAGAUAAUAGGAAAAUACUAAUGUGCAUGUUAUCUCAAGGGCAUACUUCAUGGAGUAUGAAAAUUGUGCUUUUUAAAGGGCACAUUCCUUUUGGACAAUCCGGAUACUGAAUGCUGAUCUGAGAUCACUCGGAUCAUGGAAUAUCAAAUGAACAGAUGAAUCUUUUUCCAGAGUAGAUUCUUGUCAGUUCCUUUGAUGUGCUGUGAUCUACAGAGCAUUCACUAGGCAUCGGAGAUCGGAGAAUUGUCUGUUUACUACGCAGAAUUCUCUGGCUAAUGUUCAGUAGCCUAUGGCUACUUUUUAUUCAGAUGUGGAGCCUCUUUUAAAAUAUUCUCCUGUAACAUUACACCUUUCUCCUGCUACUAGAAUUCUUAAUGAAAACCCUGGAUCUGAGUGAUCUAGGAUCACUGAUCUCAUUUUGGAUGAUCCUAAAGGAAUGCAUCCAAAAACUUAAUUGUCUCUAAUUAUGUAAGGGGAUAUUCCACAGCACCUGGAACUUGAUUGGCAGGGGCAUUUUGCAGAUCUGCAAACUCCAGAUGACUCUGAAAUUUAGUAAAAAGGGUUAGGAAACUGAGUGAGUCGAGUUUCAAGUCAGUUUGCCCAUUAUAAUGACCCCAAAUGGAACCUGAUUCACUCAGUUUCCUAACCCUAAUCUCUAAACUUCAGAGUCAUUUGACAUUAUGCAAAAUACCUGUGCCAUAUCCUGAUAAGCCACAGUCUCCCUGGCAGGGUUCUAUCUAGGAUUUAUCGUUUGGUGGAGAAGUCCCAAGUGGCCAAAGGCCUCGUGUUUUCCUAAAGUGCGGGGCAUGCCCCCCCAGAAAAUUUUUCAAAUGAAUAUAUGCUGAGAUGCAAUCUGGUGCAUUUAGAGAAAUGUUACAAUGUGUGCACUGACCUCGUCGGGCCUGGAUGAUUUUUCCGAUAUAGUUACUUAUACAUUGUAAUUGUAGCAAUAUUUUUGAGGGGGAAGCUUCUACCCCUCAAAUACCCUAGAUAGAAGCCUGCCUGGUUUUUUUUAUCUGGGAUUCUGAAAACUUUAACCUCUGAAACAAGAGCCUUAUCAGCAUUUCUCAGGUUUCACUAUCUCUUCGUUAGGAAGACGUGAUGUUUGUAGUAUGUAGAAUGAAUUUGCACUGUUUCGUUGCUUUCUUUCAGAUGAAAAAUAAGAACUAUGAACAAGUAGAAAAGGUAAUAAGACCUCUUUGAACCUAAAUUUUUGUGUUAUUAACAUUUUGUUGAAACUGGUUACAAAACACUUGAAAAAAGUUAUAAUCCAUUGUUGGGACUUGUUACGCAAUGUCCUGUCAAAGUGUCAGAGGGUGUGAUUCGAGGGGGACGACCACAUUAAAGUGACAGGGAUGCUCAUUGUCUCGCUUUGGGGUGUAAAAAGCAGAUUUUGGUCUCCUUUAGGGUGUUUGGGAUGGAAAGUCACUAUAUUUGCCCAUUCAGGUAUCGCUCAGUCCUGUGCAUAAAGAAAUUUGAAAAAAAAAGCCUGACACAGACCUCACAGAAAUCUCACUUAGGGGUCAGUUUAAGCUUGAGCCACACCCACAUUGAUCUCCCUUAGGAUUUUAAAUUGAAUUUUGUGACGAGCAUCCCUGUCACUUAUAUAUGGGAGGACAACGCCCCCGGGGGUGGGAAAACUUAAGACUCUUCCCCAGCACUGAAAGAGCUGUACACUGUCAUUAAAUGUUAACAAAUUAUUACCUUCAAAAAGGGUAUCUCUCUUCCAUGUAUUGUAGUACACUCUGAUUAAACUGCAAGUUGUGUGAGAUAUUAUCAAAUUUAAAGCUUUUAUAGCUGGCGUGAAUCUGAAUAUGGAAACCAUUUUGAAAGAAAUUGAACUGUUUUCUGAAUACUUGCCUCUGAAUUGCCCUUUGGAAGCUUAAACUCAAAGCGACAUUUGUAUUGUGCUAAUUCAAGCAUCAAAGAAAAAUCCAUUUCAAUUAUUUUUCUAUCCCCAAAAUCUCUGAGUUUAGAUGGCAUGGACAAAACCUGGAUUGGGUCAAUCCUUCUAACACUAUCCCUAACCUUUUGUCAUUAGUGACUUACACAAGGUUGAUCUGAUCCAGGUUAUUUGACACCUGAUUUUGGAAGUCUGUAUGGGAUAUGUUAUUACUUUCUAGAGAACUUCUAAAGUCUUGAGAAUACCUUAGGAGAUCUUUGAAUUAAAAAAUACUUCAUUAUCCUCUUCCCCAUGGGGCUUUUCAGGGAAAAAGAAACAAACAAAUUUAAGUGGAAAAUAAUAAGGUGAAGAAUUCCAACUAGUAGGAGCCAAACCAGUUGGCUAUUUACAAGCGUGGCCAAGGAUUUGAACUCUGGACAACUGAGAACAAAUCCAGCUAGCGGUCAGGGCAGGACUUGAAACUCGGGGCCUUCGGAUCGACUGGAUUACAAUUCUGGUACUGCUCUAACCACUCGGCCACGCCAUGUGGGUAAAUUAAAUUUACAGAUUUUUUUUAAUUAUUACAGUCAAACCCCACUUUACGGACGCCCACUUAAUACAGACACCUCUUUACUAUGGACAAUUAGUUCUGUCUCUAGGGAAAGAAAUUCCGUUACAUUUUCUCUAAAUUCAACCCACUUUAUAUGGAUGCCCAGUUAAUACGAACACUUUCUAUGGCCCUCUUAUUGUCCAAAUCAAUGCGGUUUGACUGUAUUUCUGAUUACCAGUUCCCAGUUUCCCUUGGGUGUGGCUUUGGACACGUCCAUUCAGAUAAGAUCAGGUCCUUGUCGAAGAGGGCUUGUGUUUUUAAAACAAAAUAUAUUGCACACCUUUCAGGGGCAACCAACGUCAAUUUUUGGAAAAUAUGUGUGUUGUAAAAUUUCUUGCUUGCCUUCCUCCCCUGGGAUUUUCAAACAUCUAAAAAAUGGUAUAAUUGCCCAUUUUUACCGGAAUUUUGCCCUAAAGGUCACCUAGAAUUUUCGGGAGACUUUUUUCUGGCUAAAAUUUUCGAAAAGUUUUGAUCCCUAGAAUUUUCCAAUCACUAGACUUUCAGCUAAGAAAUCCGAACAGAUGAAAAAUUUUUAGGCGAUAAAAAUAUAAAUAUAAAGUAUGUUCAACAAUGCUAUGUUUAAGUGGUUUUAAACUAUAUUCUUAUUGGGUGCCCCUGACCUGUGGCUCAAGAAAUGGCAGGUGUAUAGAAACUGGUAAUUUGAAGGAGCAAACAUCCAACAAAAUCAGUGCAACAUAAAUUAAUUUCUAAUUGAAGAUGUUGGUUUCUUUCUAAAAGAAGGUAUUAUUUUAAAGAGCUUGGGGGCUUGGGGGUACUGCCAUAUACGGCCUAUAUAUAGGUUACACUGUAUAUUUUCCACUGUGAAAGGUAUGAUUUUCCAGCUGUUUAGUCUGGGAGAGCUGGGAAUAGAAAUCAGAGAGAUUAGGCCUCUAGUUGGGUAUCAUUCACCAUUAAACUAAUCAAUUGGUGGAAGAUAGUUAAGUAUAGACUAAGGAGAUUGGUAACUGGCACGCAGAAAAAAGGAAAUCUGCAAAAUUAAUUUACCCGCAACUCAGUAAGCUUCCAUUUUUGGCUGGGCUAUGCUGGUGACCUCAAUAUCAGUGCUGUCAACUCUCCGGUAUAAUCCGGGAGACUCCAGAUUUGGACUGUAUCUACCGGUCACCAGAUUAGAGUUAGAAAUCUCCCGGAUAAUCGCCCAAGUUUGCCAUUUUUUGUAGACUAGACUCUCCGACCAUAAUAUUUUAAACAUUUUGGGUUUUAGCUAUUUUACUGCUAACAUGGAACAUUCCCUCAUACACUCUGCCAUCCCAUUGUAAUUUAAGCAAUAACGUGGCUUCAUAUGAACUGUUUUAUGGGGUAUAUACGUCAAUCGGAGUCAACAAGUAUUUUUUGCACAGUCAAAUGACAUUUUCCAUGGAAUAUGACAUCAUCUAUCAUCCCUUCCCUAUCAGUUCUCAAUAUUUGAGGGUGUGGGGGGUUGACAGCCCUGCAAUAGUUUCUGGAAAAUGGCAGGGAGGGUUUUGGGAAGUUUGGUCCAGUAUAGAGUAUUAAAAUGUAGGGGAGCUUAACUACGUCUGGUGAAGGCAAAAGGGUCUUUGGUCCGAGUUGUACACCCCCACCAAACGUUCAUAAAGUCCCCCCCACUGCUGGGAGUUGGGGGGUUGAGGACACACACACACACCCAAAACCUACCUUACUAAUCUUCAACCUUUUAAUCUCCCUUUACUUUAAGGUAUUUUAACACUGAUCUUUUUAAUUCCAUAAAUUCCAGUUAAACUUUUUCACCCUACUGUUAGGUCAUCAAAUGAAUCUUAGGGUUUUUCACUAUUUUGGUGAAAGAAAAAAUGUAAGAUGCAUGCUAAUCCUGUAUUAUGUACCCGUUUAACUUCCUUUUAAUUGGAAUCUACACCCACCCUAUGGGGCUUUUCCACUUGUCGUAAAAUUUCUGUCUUGAUAAUGGUUAUUACUUCCAGUUAGGACUCAAGUCGUAACCAGUUCCUGUUGUUGAUUGGUUUUCAGCUGUUUCAGAAAUGUUUGAUCAAGGUGUUAAACAUAGAUCUUUGGAAGUGCUACCUGUCAUACGUUAAGGAGACAAAAAGUUCUCUUCCAAACUUUAGGUAGGCUUACCAACAUCUGUACUUUUUGGGUAAUGUUCUUCCCAACUCACAUGUGUUAACGUAGAAGUUUUAUAUGGCAUACUAAUUAGACUAAAACGUUUGACAAUACCAGGCCAUGGGCAAAUAUUUUAUGUUUUAUCAAAAGCAACACCAAUAAUUUGCUUAUAUUUACACAGAGAAGAAAACUGUGGUGCUUGGAACAUUUUGGAACCAGGGUGUUGGGGGGGACUCUCACAUAAAAUUGUCAGGGAUGCUCAUUGGAAAUUACUUUUAAAGCUCUAAAGAGGGCCAUUCUGGCCUUUGCUCAGGCUUUAUUUGACCCCAUACAGGAGACAAUACUCCAACAAAGCAUGACGUCAUUGCCUUUUUCCUCUGAAUCUUUCUCUACACGCAACCCUAAGUGAUACCUUUAUGGCCAAAAAUAUUCCAGCAUUCCAUCAUGAAUACUAUACCUGCCAACUCUCACGCCUUAGGCGUGAGUCUCACGCCUGCGGGUUGAAAACUUCGAUCUCACGCCGGCUCACGCCUGCGGGCCAAUUUCUCACGCCUGAUUGAAAAAUGUGAGUUGUUGCCGUCCUGCUUGACACAAUUUCCAAAAAUAUGUUAACUCAGACCCAUGUAAGGAACGAAAACCAUGUGUAAAAUGAAUAAAUGGCAAUACCUUCCUCGCGAUCUCUGAUUUUUGAAGUGAAAAGCACUGGGAGCGAGCUCGCCUUUGGCAGACUUCGGCAGACUUCGGACGUCUUCGGACGUCUUCGGAAGACUUCGGACUUCUUCGGGAAUCUUCGGAAAUGAUCGUGUCGUCUUCAAAAAUCCCAGCACUCCCAGGAUAAAAAUCUCACGCUUAUAUCUCAGAAAAAGUUGGCAGGUAUAGAAUACCCUAAGUGACACCAAAAUCUGCAAUUUCUACUCCUCAGUGAUGAGGCAACAAGCAUCCCCAGAAGUCAACUCGACAUUUACCUUGUAGGAGGGGGGAACUCCUUUAAAGAGAAGGCCGGGAUGCCUGGCAAGUGCAUUAAAAGUGUAAAUUGUAGGCUUUGGUUUCACUUAAGGUGUUGUGGACUGAAAGUCAGUAUUUUACCCAUAAAGGUAUUUCUCAAGGUUUUGUGUACUAAUAAUAAACUAAGGCUGUUGUGCAGUGUUGAAGACAACAUUCAAUAUUUUAACAUCUUUAGCACAGUUUGAAUCAAAAUUAUCUGUGCUGGAGGUUGCGAGUUCGGUCAACUUGUCUCGCUUGAUGGGUUUCCAUUUGCAUUUCGCACCAAAAAUGGGGAGUUGCGUGACUUGCAUUUGGGGUUUCAGGUUUCAUUUGUUAGUCCUUGACUUCAAUGGCAGAAUGUGCUGAUUCCACUCCGACUAAAUCUAUUGAACGUAUAUGUGUAUCUCCAUCAUCGAAGGAGCAAAUUUGUUUACUUUGUGCGACCUCAGGGGGCCGAGCAAAACUGUAAGGUCACCUAUCACACUAUCACAAGCUUAUGAGUCUGUUUGGCCUGUCAACACCUUCGACUUCCAAUUGACCCCAUGUUGGAAUUGGAACCCAAGUCACGUUUCAAUGCGCUUAGUACUUGUGGGUGACACCUUUAUCCCCAAGGGUCCUUGGGAGCUACUCUGAUUGGUCCAAGCACACUGACCUGUUUUUGGGUCGGUAAAAUUGGCGCCAAUCAAGUAUGAAAAGGCCUUCGUCCCGCGCCAUAUGAAAUCCGACGAAGGACUUUUUUGAAAGUCUAAGAUCAGGACAUGCGUGCAAGCCACAAAACCACAAACUAAUUAAUGUUCUUGCAUACGGUUUAGUUUCCUCAGGCCUGAUUGCGGCUUUUUCCUUGCACCACAAUAACAUUCCCGAAAUAUUUCUGGUGGUCACGGUUUUCACGGUUUGGCUGUAAAAGUUACCAAGUGACAUAAAAAAAAUCCUUCACCCUUGGGUUAAACGUAACUGUCGGUGUACAUAAAAACAGAGAAACUGAGAGUACACUUAAAGUGCAUCUGUUUCUUUGAAGAUUUCUGUUAAUUAUCAUAUGUCCAUUUUGCAUUUUUGGCUCUUGUGUGGCUAGAGUGGGCAGAUAGGCAUACUUAACAAUUUGUAAGCUUGAAAGUCUUACACUAUUGUUCAUACUGCAGAGAUAAGAUGCUGCAAGCAUAUGAAUUUGCCCUAGAUAAAGUUGGACUUGAUUUCAACUCAUACCAGGCAAGUGAAAUGUACUAUAUUAAGUUGACACUACCUGUAAUUAUUAAAUACUUUUAAAAAGAGAAAUUUAAGGUGGCUUUUAACAUAGAAAGUCUAAACCCAACAGACUAGGAAAAUGUGUUUGUUCAAUGGGAGUAUGUUAUUUUGUGUCCUUUUAAUCCUCUGCAGUUAAAUGAGGCGGUUGGGCACAAAUGCUUAAAACCAGUUGAAUAGAUAAAUAAUUUAGAGGUGGUCACCAAGAAGAACAUCCCAACAUAAGUAUAAUUAUGCGAUUUCAGUGUUUUGAGCUAAGCGUAAAGGUGUAGUGUGUUGAAUUAUAUCUGUAAUUAUAUGGAGAACUUUGUAUGGUCAGUCCAUAAGGUGGUUGACAAAACACUGACCCACCACCUAGUCAAUGGACUACCCCAAUGGGCUACCCAUAUGGACUUUCUUUUGAAUAUACUAUAAUGGUGCAUCAGGUAACCACCAGUAAAAAUAAUAAUGAAAUAAUUUCAAAAAAUAGUCCAUUGGGGUGUAUGAACUGAGGGUCAGUUUUUUGCCAACGACUCAAUCCAUAAAACUCUCCUGUUUGAACAAUUUUUGAAGGCCCACAGUUGACUUCCUGUUUCUAACUUUGCUCAAAUUUCUCAUUGUGUUGCUCUUUCAUGAGGUAGGGACCUAAUUAAUGUUAAACUUUUAUAUACGGCCCCCUGUUCAUUUACAAGUACUUACAGGUAUUCUAGUGGCAGUUUUACUAUUAAGGUGUUUUGUUAUGACUGGAUUCCACUGUUAUUUAUGUUUUUACAGCCAUCAGAGUAAAUAUCAGAAAUUACUAUCCAAAUGACUAUAAUUAAAUAAUACUUUUCAAAUGACUCACCAUUUUUGUUUUUGGAAUGCUCAGGUCUGGGUUGACUUUGUGAAUUUUCUGAAGUCGGGGUAAGAAUUAAAUAAUCAGUUGCUUUAAAUGGUAAUCACUUCAUUUUCCAGUUUGUUUGUUUGUUUGAUUUUUUCUAUGUAGUUUCAUUUUACACCUCUUGAUAGCCCUUGUUAUUAUGUUAUCUUUUAGUGAAGCAGUUGGAAGCUAUGCUGAAAAUAGGAAGAUCAUCACGAUAAGAAAAGUUUUUCAGGUACUGUCAGUGGAUGAAACACCCCCGCCCUCCCAAAAUAAUACAAGUAAAACCUUUUUCAAGGGAUAAUUCUUUUAUAUUCAAUAUGCCUUCAGCAGUAAAAAGAGUUAUGAAUUCCCCCCAGAAAACACGCACAAAUGACAUAUUUUACCUCCAGCCUCUAUUUAGCUUCCUCAACCUGAUGAAGAAGUACUGGAAAAAAUAAUCCCCUCUAAUUUAACAGAUGUACAAUCGUGUCACUCUGAUAUUUUUGUGCUCAUUCCAGAGAGCUGUGGUGACUCCAAUGCUUAAUUUAGAAGCUUUAUGGAGAGAAUACAAUGCUUUUGAGCAGGUGAGAGUUUUUUAGUAACUCAUUAAACUUACUAGAUACAUUAGCUGUUUGUUUGUUACCUUUUUUUCAAACUUUGUUGGAAACUUUUAAUUUCAGCAGGCAGUGAGGUAAGUGAGCUCAAAAAGAUAUCAUUACACAUUUUUGUUGAUGGCAAUCAUGAACAAAAUAGUCUUGGGACAAAAUUUUGGAUUUGUUGGGCAUCUGUUUUGGCCCAGAAUCUAAACUAUUGGGCUGCUAGUAAUUGUGUGACAACUCAUAUGCCUUGUCAGAACUGUGUGGCCUGGUCUAAAGUACAAGUCACAUUCCACAGGUCAAGAGUGCAGGUCACUGCUCCAUCGAUAAAUUACCAAACCACACAGAUUCCCCUUGAUCUAAUAGAGCAUUUGUUGAGAGAUUAUAGGGUUAGGAGACAUGUCUUUUAAUGGUAUUAAUUUAUCUGUAUCAUGGUCACCUGUACUCUGACCUGUGGAAAAGUGACCUGUAUUUUAGACCUCCCGCAACCGUGGUCACAUUGUGGGUGGCUUCUUGUGAAAUGCUGUUCAUUUUGGUAUAUGAUUUUAUGGAGCCAAAAUGAAAAAAUAAGGACAAUUAUAAUAAUAAUUGUAGAACUACACACGUUUUAGGCAUUGCAGAUGAAAUGUUACCACUAGAUACUUCCAGCAACAACAAUUUGCUAUUAUGUUCCCUACAAAUUGUUAUAUAAUUUGCAUAUUCAGAGUGUGAACAAGAUGUUGGCCAAGAAGCUGAUUGAUGACAAGACUAGAGAUUACAUGAAUGCCAGAAGAGUGGCUAAGGUAAUAUUAGAUAGACAUCAUAGUAAAGAGGCAGGGAAAACUCUGAAAAGUCUUGUUUUAGAAUAAUAGGAGAGUUUUUCAGCAACGUAAAGAUGAAAAUUAGAACCCGCAAGAAAAGCUUUUUGUGAUGUUAUAGAAACCUGAAACAAUACACCGAUUAAGUCAUUAACGUAUUCUACAGACUACUGUCAACGACUUACUGAAUUGUAGCCAAUAGUUACCAGUGCCGUACAAAUGACUUAUUGAUGAGAUUAAGCAAAACUAACUACGAGAGAACAACUGGAGAACUGACAAUUUGACUAACAAUAGACGACUGUUUAACUGUGACAAUAGACGGAUCGAAAUGCACCAAUUACUGAUUAUGAGUCUUCAUAGCCAAUAACAACACGGCUGAACUGGCAGACGGCCAAUAAAAUCGCAACAUAGUUGACCAAUCAGAUCAAUAACCAGAAUAUAAUACCAUCAACUGACAUGAUACAACUCACUUUGACUCUGAAGAUAACUACUGCACAGGUUGUCAAAACGUCAGUCACCGUCAACAACAACAUUCCUUUUCAGGACUACGUUCACCCGGACGAUCAAACUCAACCUACUUUUGGAAGACAUUCAUUAUUAAAAUGGAACAUUUCAUCAGAGUUCAUUUGAAGCAAGGAACAUUAUUACCAAGACAGAAUUUAUUUCAGUUGUUGCCGCUGUUUCUUGUUGUGCAUUUUUUAAGAAGAAAGAGUUUAGAAUAGUUAUACUCAUUAGUCAUUAAUUUUAUUCUUUGAUGAGCUUUGUACCAGGUACUUUGCAUUGUGCAAUGUACCCAUUUUCUUAUAAUCUCAUUUCUGUUUGUCACUUUGUAAACAGCAGUAAUAGUAAUUGCCUGUCAAAGCCAAACACAAUCAGGCAUCACAGACUCAAAUUUCUUCCCUUUUUGAGUAUUUUUUGGAUUUGGUCAUAUUCCUCUGGUCAAUUUAUAAAGCUUAUCGUGGUUCAUUUAGUGGCAUAGAUUCAUUUUAGGCCAUUUCUAAAGACACCCAUUUAAACUUCCUUUUCUUGAAUCUGGCUAAUAUCUCUGACUUUGCUAAACAUUCCCAGGAGUGUGAAAUGAAAAAAUAUUGUUUUUGCAGGAGUAUGAAGCUAUGACUCGAGGACUUAUUAGAGGAAACCCUUCUGUUCCUGUUCAAGGAACUGCAGAAGAACUGAAACAGGUAUUACUGACUUGUGACUUACUUAUAGUUUUAGUAUAAUUUUUUUUUUACAUUUUUACAGUCUUUUUUCAUACUUGUUUCACCUCACCGAUUCAUAUAAUCUUGUAGGUUCCUUGUUCCAUAAACAUGGCCUUAGGUGGCAUGUUUUUUUUAUUAUUUUUUUAUUAUUUAUUUUUAUUUAUUUAUUCAUUAUGUCAUAUUUAUUUAUUUAUUUGUUAUAAAAACGUUUUUUUGUUUUUUUUGGUUGCUUUUUUUUGUAUCUAGUUACAAAUCUGGAAGAAGUAUAUUGCCUGGGAAAAAAGCAAUCCAUUAAGAACAGAGGAUACAGCCCUCCUUACUAAAAGAGGUAUUUUAUUUACCCUUCACAUUUUUUUCCAGCCUUAUAUGUCUAUGUUCUAACCCAUGCAAAAUUACCCAAUUGUGUUGUCAUUUAAACAAAUUGAAGGCAAGGUAACAUUGCCAGGUUUUGAAUUACUUGUCCAUGAGGAAAAAUAUUUUAGAAGCUUGUCUUCUGUUUGUUGUUGUUGUUGUUGUUGUUAUGGUGGUUAUUGUUUUGUUGCUGUUGUUAAUUUCUUCCCAAAAAAUCUUUGAUGAGUCACUUCACUGGAUUGUCUGGCAAUAUGUAAUAAUUAUGUUGAAUUUCCAACUAUGUGGGUGUUUUCCCCCUACAGGGUGCUAUUUAGUCAUGUAUCAGAAGAAAAUAUGACCUCAUUUGUUUAAAUAGAACAGUUUCAACUUAAUCUGAAUGGCUAUAUACACUAUAUCUCACUUUUCACAAGUCUGGGGUUAUUGCAUGUGAGUAUUAUAAUUUUACCUGUAGUUACUUAUUCUGUUCUAAUGACAUUCUAACUGGUCUUAUUGCAGUGAUUUAUGCUUAUGAACAGUGCCUUCAAACAAUGGGAUUCCAUCCUAAUGUGUGGUGUGAAGCUGCACUCUACCUGGAUCAAGUCAGUCAAAAAAUGAUGGAUAAAGGGGUGAGUUAGUCAGAGGGUGUGGCAAAAGAGGGCUGAUGAUGGAUAAAGGGGUGAGUUUGUUAGAGGGUGUGGCACAAGAGGGGUUAUGAUGGAUAAAGGGGUGAGUUAGUCAGAGGGUGUGGCACAAAAGGGCUGAUGAUGGAUAACAGGGUGAGUUAGUCAGAGGGUGUGGCACAAGAGGGCUGAUAAUGGAUAAUGGAGUGAGUUAGUCAGAGGGUGUGGCACAAGAGGGCUGAUGAUAGAUAAUGGAGUGAGUUAGAGGGUGUGGCACAAGAGGGCUGAUGAUGGAUAAUGGAGUGAGUUAGUCAGAGGGUGUGUACAAGAGGGCUGAUGAUGGACAAAGGGGUGAGUUAGAGGGUGUGGCACAAGAGGGCUUAUGAUGGAUAAUGGGGUGAGUUAGUCAGAGGGUGUGUACAAGAGGGCUUAUGAUGGACAAAGGGGUGAGUUAGUCAGAGGGUGUGGCACAAGAGGGCUGAUGAUGGAUAAUGGGGUGAGUUAGUCAGAGGGUGUGGCACAAGAGGGCUGAUGAUGGAUAAUGGGGUGAGUUAGUUAGAGGGUGUGGCACAAGAGGGCUGAUGAUGGAUAAUGGGGUGAGUUAGUCAGAGGGUGUGGCACAAGAGGGCUUAUGAUGGAUAAUGGGGUGAGUUAGUCAGAGGGUGUGUACAAGAGGGCUUAUGAUGGACAAAGGGGUGAGUUAGUCAGAGGGUGUGGCACAAGAGGGCUGAUGAUGGAUAAUGGGGUGAGUUAGUCAGAGGGUGUGUACAAGAGGGCUGAUGAUGGACAAAGGGGUGAGUUAGUCAGAGAGUGUGGCACAAGAGGGCUUAUGAUGGAUAAUGGGGUGAGUGAGUCAGAGGGUGUGUACAAGAUGGCUGAUGAUGGACAAAGGGGUGAGUUAGUUAGAGGGUGUGGCACAAGAGGGCUUAUGAUGGAUAAUGGGGGAGUUAGUUAGAGGGUGUGUCAUGAGGGCUUAUGAUGGAUAAUGGAGUGAGUUAGUCAAAGGGUGUGGCACAAGAGGGCUGAGUGAUUUACACAGCACAAUUGUGAUGAUAAAGACAAUUACUGCUUAUUAUUUUUGCACCCUUUGCAGGACAUGCAGGGAUCUAAAGUACUGAGUGAUGAAGCAGCAAACAUUUAUGAACGAGCCAUCAGUGGACUGAUGAAACACAGCAUGCUGAUUUACUUUGCAUAUGCUGAUUUUGAGGAGGUAAAAAAUGUUUUCCAACCUCUCUGUCUCUGCCAGAGAUUCAGCUGAACAUUUCAUAGGGUCAGCAAGUGAAAUCUAGUGCAUGUUGUUUUCUUAAAUGCAAACUCAAACAUGCCCCCUUUGGGUUCUCUGUAAGUUGUGUCCAAGUUAUUUACUGUUACGUAUGUUUAUUAAGUUGUUGUUUUAGUAAUUGUUUUCUUUUAAAUAUAUUUACAACAUUUUCAGUAUUAAUUUAAACAAGCUUUCUCUGUUUUGAAUAUACCCUCUUUGUUGAAGUCAUUUUGAGAGGUUGUUAUAUGGAUGAAAUGUGUUAGUUUUUUUAAUUAGGUAGCCUUGCUUUAAAAGCUGUUUCCAUUAUUUAUAAUAAUUAUUUUUCUUACGAAACAGGGGAGAAUGAAGUUUCAGAAGGCAAAGGAAAUAUAUGAGAAAUAUUUAGUCUUGGAGAAUAUUGAUCCAACAUUGGUAAGUUACUAUUUUUGUCAACAGGAAUUUUACCUCAAUCAAGGCAUAACAUUUGGUAAUUAUCUUGUGGUUAAAGACAGGUUUUAAAUUAAUGGCCUCUGUAUACAGUCAAACAGUAAAGCCUGUACAAAUCCCUCUCUGCUUAAGGUUGUGCGUAAAGAAAUAUUAGAGUGAUUGCAGUCCACUUUUUCUCUGAGAUCUGUCGAGUUCUAAGUCACAGUGAGUGUAUAUUAGGACAAAAAUGCCCUUAGCCAAAAAAUUGACUGAGGCAUUAAAUGUAGCUGGCUUGUGCUACCCUGGUAACUUUGGAGAACAUAAGAGACUUCUCGCAGUCUUAGAAGCAUUUAUAUGUAAAACACAAAUGCCAUCAUACUGUGUUAGAGUAUGGCCUCCUUUAGGGGUAAAAUACCGUAUUUAUUCACUUAUAAGACGCACCAUUUUUUACAAGAAAAUAUGCUUGUUUGAUCAAAAUCUGCUCAAAACUCGGGGUGCGUCUUAUAACCGAGUAUUUUCGUGCAACAAAAUAUAACUUUUCCAAAUUUCCCAAAUAAAUAAUGCUAAACUGAAAUGACUAUGUAAAUAAAUAUCAGUAAAUGAAUAAACAAAAGACAAACAACGUUGAUCAUUGACUUUAUAUGAUUUGUUGGUUCUGAAAAGAACCGGGGUGGCUCUGAAAAGAGCCAUUUGUUUGAAAGCUCGGCUGAGCUCAGCUACUCGUCGUCCUCGCCUUCGCUGUCUGUCUCGAACUCGUUGUCGAUCGGCUCUUCUGCGGCUUCUGCUUCUUCUUCCUCGUCGUCCCAAACCGCAUCAUCUUCAGUUCCAUCGAGAGCAUUGUUGAUGCCACAGGACUUGAACGAUCUCGUUAUCAAAUCAACUGGGAUCUCUCUCCAUGCUCGGUCGAUCCACCGCAACACUAUCUCUUUACUGGGCGCUCGCUUCUUUCCGGAAGGCGUGUAGGUAAACGGGCCGUUAACCAUCCAGGCUUCGUACUGCGCACGGACCUUUGCUUUGAAUGGCUUAUUGAUGCACUUAUCCAGGGGCUGGAGAAGGUUAAAAAAUACAGUUUUCACCAAGCAUCCCUGUAUCUUUCAUAAUGUGAGUCACACCCCCCUCCCCACCCCAAACCACAGAAAACGUUUUAGAAGCAAAAAUACUUUGUAAACAGGGGUUUUUGUGUUUGUUAUGAAAAAAGCUUCAUCCUGAAAUUUUAGUUACUUUUAAUUCUUUCUUUUUCUAACUUUAAAGGCUUACAUCCAAUACAUGAAAUUUGCACGACGGGCAGAAGGCAUUAAAGAAAGCCGAGCUGUUUUCAAGAGGGCAAGAGAGGAUUCCAGAACAAAUUUUCAUGUGAGUUUCAAAAUGACUAGCAGGUGCAGGUUUCAUUUCUUGUCCACAUUUGCAGAUGUUUAUUCGAAGAAAAUAGAAUUUUACGUCACUAUUGGUAGUUAUCUAGAAAGAAUAUUCUAGGAUUACAGCAACGUAGUUCUUUCAGCUAUCCAAUGUGUUAGGCAAAUUAAACAUUCACUUUUUUUUUACCGUUCUUCUGUGAGUUUUGUUUUUAUCAUAUGGCAGUUAAGAGUACAUCUGAAUUGUUUUUUGUGUUUCUUUAAAAAUUUAUAUCUAUAAAAAUUUUUUUUUAAAAAAAAACUUUUCAAAUCCAUUGUGUGUUACUUUCCAGGUUUUUAUUUCUGCUGCUCUUAUGGAAUAUUUUUGCAGUAAAGUAAGUCAUACAGUCUGGAUUACUUGUAAUUCUCUGGUUAAAUGUAAAUUGAAACUGAAAAAAGUAACAGAUUGAUGUGCACUGGAUUAAUUAAUUAUGUCCAUGAUCAUCACUUUUUAGGACAAAGCUGUUGCAUUUAAAAUAUUUGAGCUGGGCGUGAAGGUAAGACUGGAGUCUACCCCAGGUACAUGUAAUACUCAAACCUUUUGUUUGUUUUUGUUUUUGUGGUUGUUGUUUUUUGUUUUGUUUUGUUUUGUUUUUUCUGUUCUGUGGCUGUAAAUGAGCUGAGUUUAGAAUGCGACAAUACAAAAUUAACCUGUUUUUACUUUUUGAAUCUUUCUCUGAUAGAAAUACAUGAAUGAAACAGACUAUGUGUUGGCUUAUGUAGACUAUUUGUCACAUCUAAAUGGUAAGUUGUUAGACCUGAUAUGCUGUUAAACGUACAAUUUUGCAUUGCAUGCACCAUCCAACUUUCCUCCAUGAAAAGUGUGUUAACUGUGGUCGUUGUGUUGGCUUAUGUAGACUAUUUGUCACAUCAAAAUGGUAAAAUAUUAGACCUGAUAUGCUGCUAAACAUGCAAUUUUGCAUUGCAUGCAUCAUCCAGCGUUCCUCGAUAAAAGUGUGUUAACUCCCCCUGUGGUCUUAACAAGCCACCUCCAUCCUCCUUACGUUUGACAAUAACACAGAUCUCAACUUUUGUUACAGAUGACAACAACACAAGAGUCCUGUUUGAAAAGGUUCUUAGUUCCAUGCCAAAAGAAAAAGCAAGGUACCUUAAUUCACAGUGAUUUUGAAGGUUGCAUUACUAAGUAUUCUACAGGGUUUUCAAUAACAGCUGGUGCCUGGCGAAAUUUGUCGGCUAUUUCACAUGAACUUGCCGCCUAAUUUUCUUUGGAAAUUAUCCCAAAAAAGCCCAAAUUUAGUGUUCUGUUCAAACACUCUAAUUUUUGCUCCAGAAUGCUGGAAAUGCACUCUAAGAGGCCCAGAUUCCAAAAUUUUUCCAGGACCCUCCUAGUAACUGAGUAAGUCGUGCCUAUGCCACGAGUUGUUUCCUUCUCCACCUACUCCAAAGAUUUUGCGACGUACUUGAAACCUUAUUGAAAACCCUUAUUCUAAGUUGUUUAAUAUGCUUUGAAAAUGUUUUUUAACAACGACAUAUUUUUUUCAGUGAUGUAUGGGGAAAAUUCCUAGACUUUGAGGGCACAAGUGGUGACUUGGCCAGCCUAGUCAAGGUGGAGAAACGAAAACUGGAAGUGUACAAAGAGGUGAAGAUUAAUUAAGUAGCUUGUUUAUAAUUUAUCAAGUUGAGUUUCAUCCUUAUCAAUAGACCACUUUUAUUUCCAAUGUGUCCUCAUUUUCUCAAAACAAAACUUUUUUGAGAGCACUCUUUGACUGAUGCUUCACUUGAUAGGCCGGGGGAGGUUUAAGGUAGGGAGGAAUUUUAAAGAAAAACAAUCUACAGACAGGAAAGUGUACAAAAAUAUAUUCGAAAACCUUCUGAUUCCUCAUACCCCGUACCCACACACCCUCUCUCAUAUGACCUUAUUAUCAGUAUUAUAUUUGCUGUCUUUUGUCAGGAGUUAGAGGGCCUUGAAACAUCAUUACUUGUAGACAGAUAUAAGUACUUGGAUCUUUUCCCUUGCUCUCCUCUGGAGCUUAAAAUCAUGGGCUAUGUGGUGAGUCAAUUGUUGGUUCCUUCUAAUUGCUGGGGCGCCAUGUACCUCUUCGUACUUUACUAUUAAUUUUUAUUUGCAGUUGUCCUCAUGACUGUCACUGUUUCAACUUAUCUUUGUGUUGUUUGUCACCAUUUUAUCUGUUAAGGUCAUAGUGCUUGUCAGAAUUGAUCAUAACAGUACCUAACCUACAAGUUUAAAGCCUGACUGCUUUGUCCACAGCCAUCAAUAGUUUAUUGAUAGCAUUUUCAUCUUGUAGGGUUCCACAAGGCAAAGCAGUAGUAUGCCAAGUACACUCUCGUCUGGAACCAUCCCAGAUGAGCAGAGUGAAGAGAAACCAGCUAAAUUCCCUAGACCAGAUGUAUCACAGAUGACACCAUUCAAACCAACCGCUAGUGCUGGUAAAAACAUCUAACAUCAGUCGGGUUUAAAUGGGAACUGGACAAAGGCAAAAACAACCCAGCCAAUCUAUUCAGAACAGAAAGGGUUUAAUAUUGCCAUUCCAGAAAGUUUUUUUUUUUUAAUGGCAUGUUGCUUUUCAACCAUGAGUGAUACUUUUGGCUUGUAGAUUGUCUGUCUGUCUGUCUGUCUGUCUGUCUGUCGGAAUGUUGUAACACAGUGUAGGAGUAAUUUUGCUAAUAUUUAUACUAGUAAGUGACCACUGAAAGUAGCUUCUUGGCCCAGUUGUUCAAAGGUCAAUUAGUGCUUACCAAGGGUUAAAUUUUUCAUUCAUGUUUCUUUUUCUUUUGUUCAAAAGCAUUUCUUGGAUAAAUUUCUCUAUUCUUUGUGGAGGAUCUAUCAUCAAAUUAUAGGCGAAAAGAAUUAAACAGAAUUUGCUUUUUAAACUUUUGUAUCUGAAUUCAAGUUUUGCACUAACCCUGGGUUAUGCUAACCUUGACUCAACUCUCUGCAGAAACAAUUAUUGAAAAUUAUUGAAAUACAUUCUUUGAAAGGAAAGACCAGUGUUCAUAUCACAUGUUAAAUUACUGUACUCCGAACAAUAGUGUUAUCCAUAGGGUUGAAAUUUAUCCAGAACACAUCUCAGGCCUGUUCCCUUUGCUUACUGAUUUCAGUCUACCAAGUAAUUCCAGGCGUCUCCAUGACUUAUAUUCACCAUUGCUUGUGUGUUGAUUUUUUGCAGCUGGUGUUCACUCCGUACCUGGAGGAGUCUUUCCCAUGCCUCCAGCAGCAACACAUCUUUUGACCAUGUUACCUCCCCCCUCAUGCUUUCAGGUAAAUGUGAUUACUUAGUUCAGCCCUAACGACAACUUCUCUAUUCUAAAAAUUAUGUAUCCCUUAAGUCCCAAGCCGCGUGAUCAACAUCAGUUUUCUCCGAACAAUAUCAAUACACAAUCAAUGGAAAAAGCUAUUAGAAUUAAUAAUUUGAUCACCAAAGUAAAAAUACCUUGAUCUUUUCUCAAAUUCUGUCAACUAAUUAUUUAAGGUAAUGCAUGUAUGGAGAUCAGUCUGGAAAAUUUGAAGAUGAAAGGUGAUGUUACACGAGACGAUUCACAAUGACGAUAUUAAGCACAACACUGCUUUGCAAUGUUGGAACAAUGUUGCAACUGUUCGCAAGAAUAUUGUAAUGCUGCGUUGUGCUAAAAAUCGUUGUUGCAAAUCGUUCCGUGUAACAUCGGUUUUAAAAGGGUUAAUUUAGGGGUAGAAUUUAUUAUUUAUAUUGUGGAAUGGUGCAACUUAUGGUGGUAAAAAUCUGAACUGACCACCAUUAGGUCAUAGGACAUUUUGAAGCAAUGGAAACUAUUGGAUAGCCAACUAAACCAUCUUUUUUCAGUUUUGAACAAUGAGUGCAUGUUGGUGCCAGCUCUUACAGGGUUGCCAAAAACAGCAGGCAGCCGGCACAAAUCACCACCUACGUCACAAUUUUGGCAGGCUACUCUGCUGUCUUAUCCCUCUAAAUUUUAUCUAUAAGAGAUGACAAAUUCAUCCACCUUCUUCAAGAAUAACGCUGUAUAGUUCAAAACUUUCUGGCAGCCCUGCCCUAACAAGUGAAAUUAAAUUAGGGCAGCCUGCGCCCCACAUAACGAUAUUCGGGUAGCUUAAAGAGGCGUUGUCAGAUUUUUCCGAUGACCCAAGACCCCCGCCCCAUCACUUUUAUGCGGAAAAUCCCUCUGGGAGGUCAGGCCCGAACUGCAACUUACCAGUGCAAUGGAAAAUGGUGGUUUGACAUGUCAGACAUGUUAUUUAUUGCUUUGGGGUUGUUUGGCUUCGUCAGUGUGUAGAAGCAUGGAAAAAUUCUUUGGGUAUUAUCCAUUAGGGAUGACUGAUUGUUAUAACCAGACUAAUGUCAUUGCACUGUGAAAAUCUGACAUGACUUUUAGUAGUCUUCUUCAGAAAUACCAGUGCUACAUUAAUCAACAAUGGACUGACAUAGUUACUUUACAAUGGAAAAUGUGCUCUCCUUAUUGUUGAACAUUGUCAUAUUUCAUUUGGUCAGUAAACAAAACUCCAUAAAAUUGUAUUGAUGAUAAUAUUUCUUAUAUUACUGAUUGACACGUUAUAUCUCAUAGUUUAACCUCGUAUUUAACAGAGUUAAUAUUUUAUAUUUAGGGGCCAUUUGUGAUGAUAGAUGAGUUUAUUAAGUUAACACUUGAACGUGAAAUACCGGAACUUCCACCAUCAGGUCUGUGAGAAUGUUUAUUGCCUUUGCAUCCUUCACUUCUUAAUCAUCUUUUUUUGUAUUUGUUGGUGUUGUUUUUUUUGGCUUAUAUUAAGUUGAAAGCCCAUAGGGUUUUUUGUUUGCAAUCUGAAGCUGUGCAUGUGUCAAUGUGUCAAUGUGUAUCAUACUUAAACACACGUUUCAGAAUGAUCAUGAGUUACAUCAUCUGGUCCCAGUUGUUCAAAAGAUGUAUAAUGCUAUCUGCUGGAUAAAUCUCUAUCCACUGUACAGCCCAAGAUUGGUGUUUGUAAUACUUAGCUGUCGGGUAGUGAUUUAACUGGUGUAUUAAGCACUUGUAUCUAACGUUUGAACAACUGAGUAGGUCUUUCAUGCAUCAGACUUUCAUACUCCCAUUCACUUUUGAAAGUUUUAAACACUCUUACAACCUCAUCUGGCAUAAAUUGCUAUUACAUGUAGUGAGUACAUCAACCUUUGCUUGAUAGCUCGUUUUUCUCCUCAAAAAUAUUAAUAGGGAAACUUUCCUGUGUUAAUUAUGUUUAUUUAGUCAAUUAUUAUGUUAUUAGUCAUUUUUCUGACCCCAAACUAAGCAAUUUACAGCAACUAGAAGAGAUGGUCUCGCACAUAAGCCGCACCUAUGAGUUUGAGCCUAAAAUUUAAGCAAAAAGAUGUGGCUUAUAUACUAUUGUGGCGUAAUUUCAAUACUCUUUGCGUUGUGUUCACAGGAUUACCAGAUUCUGAGGCACCUAUGAAUGGAGUGGAGAGUAGUGAAAGUAGCAUGGAUGUUGAGCAGAACAAGCGAGGUGUCAAACGACCAGGUGUUGACCAUGAAAGUGAUGAUGAGAGUUCAUCUGCUGCACCUCCUGUGAAUGAUAUUUACAGAAGUCGACAACAGAAGAGAGUACACUAGUGGGAUCACUGGCCAUUAAUACCUCAUAAGUAGCACAGUGCAGCCUUAGCGAGUGCCAUAUGUCGCCAUGGCUACACACCCUCUAUUGUAGACUUUUGUAUAAACUCUUGAAGCCACAAGGCGAAAAUGCCUUCUAGACCUCCUCUCCUGCCCCCACUGGCUAAUUAAAAAAGCCCAUCCCUGUUUAUAACAUUUGUUUGAACUCUAAAAAGGAAAAAUUAACUUUUUCAACAAACCAAGCACGCUAGUUCAAAAAUAGUGAAGUAGUGUGGUUUUCUUAGGGCCUGUUUACACAGGCAAUUUUUUGCACGGUUUUUGAUGCAAUUUCAAAUCGCAGGAGUAUAACUCCUGCAGAUUUUCACGGUGAUUGGCACUACUAAAUCACUGUACUUCAGAAUGUGCCUGAAUUUUCAUUCAACUGUUAACUUUAUUAGUCAGCGGUAGUUAGCGGAAAGCUACCUUAUGGUAAGAAAGUGUUUACGUCAGAUGCAUCUUCAGGGUAGAUGAGAGUUUACCACACAGAAUUCUCCGGCUAACGUUGGUAUAUCCUGUGACUAGUGGAGCCUCUUUCAAAAUAUUCUCCUGUGAGGUUACACCUUUCUCCUGCUACUGGAAUUUUUUAUGAAAACCUUGAUCUUACUGAGGAAACUGCUGCAAUACUAUUCUUAACUAUUAAUAAUUAGUUUAAUAUAACCUCCAACAAAUCGCUGUAAAAUCUCCACGAAAUUGCAGGAAACAUUGAAGCAAAUCAUGAACUCCACACAGGGUUGAAUAGAACAACUAUCUAAACUGUUCUUUUCCACGUUUAAUAGUACACUGGUCGUUUGGAAAUGAAAAAAAGGUGGGAUACAUCGCAAAUAGAUUUGAAGUAUAGAAUAUUGUCCACAGAAUCCUGCUAUAACAUGGUUUAGUCCUUCAACAGGCGCGUUCUUCUACAAAGUUUUACAAAGUUAUACCUUUUUUGAGGUUAGGGGCUCUUGCCUCUAAUCGAUUUUUUAAUUCAUCCGUCUUUACCAAUAACUGUAAAAAGAAACAGGUCACAUUUUCUUUUUCUAACACACAGUGUCACAAUGUUGUAUUUAUUCAUCUAGUAGAUCCUCUCCAAAUGGCUAAAUAACCUAUACAAAACAUGCAACAAAGUUGUAAUAAAAUUUAGCUUGGUGUAAGAGACAAGUGCACACAUUGUGGCAGUUACUUAUAGUACCUCAACUGAUAUCAGUCUUCAGAGAGAGGAUCUCUGGCCAUUACCAGCUAUCUAAAACUAACCUAAGCUUUUUUUUCUCACGGGUCUUUUAAAAUGUAAUAGGUAGAUCUCAGCAU